AUGGUCCACCGCGGUUUCAGCCAAGGCUGCCACCGCUGCCGCGCCCACCACACGCGCUGCGACCAGCGGCGGCCCGCCUGCUCCAGAUGCCGCCUCGCAGGGCUUCAAUGCCCGGGGUAUCGGGACGAUGGGGCGGGGUUUCUUUUCAAGGACCAGACGGGGAAGGUGGUGAGGAAGGGUACCGCCCGAAGGAACGGUGGGUUGAAGAAGGCGGCGGCGGCUGAGGAUUUUUGUGGUGUUUUGACGGGUGUUAUCACGCCGAGUCCUGAGGAUUCGUGCGUGGAUUUCUUCUUUGGGAAUUUCAUGCGGCUUGGGACGGCGAGGAGGGUGGAGUGUGGGUUGUAUCCGACUCUUUUCCCCAUCUACCAUCACAGCGCCUUCGACUCGCCGCUGCGUCUGGCAGUCACCGUCGCGGCGGGGGAGAUAACCGCGCUUUCAUAUCCAGCCCGACACCGUCCUCGGCAUGUUAGGAACGUCUCUCGCGCUAUCCAGGCCAUCACGGCUGCGCUGCAGGAUCCGGAGCAGUGCGGGAAGGAUGAUCUUCUUUUGGCGGUUUUGAUCUUGCAGAAGGCCGAGCAGGCGUAUUGCGUGCGACAUGGGGGUCGGAUUUCGACGGUUCAUGAGAAGGGGGCGGUGGGCUUGAUUCAGUGGCGACGAAGGCAGGGGAAGAAUGUCCCUGAGUACUUGGUCGCUGGUGCGAGGAGUAGCGUGCUCACGUCCCUCAUCUACGGCGGCGCUUCAAGCGACGUCGCUGCUGAGACGCUGUCCUACCUCCAAAACGUCGAAACGACGAACCCACCCAACCCCAUCUCCCUCGACCACCUCCUCGCCCGCGCUCUCUGUCUCUGGCACCGCGCCACCACCACCACCACCACCACCCCCCUCUCCCCCUCCCAAACCUCCACCCUCCAAUCUCAACUCCACUCCCUCAACUCCACCCUCACCUCCUGGCUCUCCCGCACCUCGCCCACCCUCCUCUCCACGCCCACCCCCGAAGCCGCCCUCCUCUUCCAACAAUACCGCCUAACCCUUACCAUAACCCUCUCCAUCAUCUCCAUCCUCCACCCCGCCGACGACGGAAAACCCUGCGAAGCCAUCGCAGAUCUGCUGCGGAAUAUGCUCGACGCGACGGGGUUCUUUUUCGAGGUUUUGAGGGGGAAGGAGGGGAGGAAGGAGGGGGUGCUGGAUCCGACGCCGAUGGCGGCGACGUGUUUGCAUUUGACGCUGAGGUUUUUGGGGUGGUGUGGGGAGAGGUUGGGCGUGGGUGUGGGUGAUAGGGAGGGGGAGGGCGAGGGUUUGUUGGAGAGAGUGAGGGAGAGGGAGGAGGCGUUAAGGGGGUUGAUUGGUGGUGUGGUUUGA